AGCAGCGGCGGCGCCUUCCUUUCCGCCAUCUUGGUUUCCCGGGUGACUGGGGCGGCCGGCCCGCGGAGGAGAGGAGCGCGAUGCUGGCCUGCCUGAUGAGCCGGCCGGGCCCGCCCGCUCUCGCGCGGCUCCUGGGGGCCGCGGCCAGACGCCCGCUCGCCAAACGCGGCACGUCGGCGCGGGAGUCGGCCGGCCGAGAAGACGAGGCCCGCGGGGCCGAGCGCCAGGAGCUGCACUUCCCGCCGGGCGUCGCUAGGGGUCGCCCGGCCCCCACCCGGACGGCGGAGGCGAGCGGCGGCGGGGUGCAGCGGCGGCAGGCGGCCUCCAGGGGGCGCCCGCUGGGCCUGCGGGGCUCCCCGGCGCCUUUGGGGGGCUGGUGGGGGCUGCCCCGCCCGGAGGAGGAGGAGGAGGAGGCGGCCCCCCCGCCGGGCUUGUGGCCCAACCCGUCGCCCGCGGGCCGCCGCCGCCACCACCGGCGCAGGGAGAGCCGGGCCAGCACCGGCGCCCUCCCCGCCGCGGCCCUGGCAGCUGCCGGGCUGGCCCUGUGCUACAGCCGGGGCCCCACCUCCAAAGAAGAGUCCCUCCUGGAAGCUGUGCGACUCAACAGUGUCCCUGAAGUGGAAAGGUUGUUGGAAGAAGGUGUUAACGUGAACACCCGACACAAACUUGGCUGGUCUGCUCUGAUGGUAGCCGCGAUCAACAGAAAUUCAAGCGUGGUGAAGGCUCUGCUGGCGGGAGGAGCUGACCCCAACCUGGGAGACGAGUUCAGCAGCGUCUACCAGACGGCCAAAGAGAAGGGGAUCCAUUCCUUGGAAGUGCUGGUCACCCGCGAAGAUGACUUCAACAACCGCCUGAACAACCGGGCCAGUUUCAAGGGCUGCACGGCGUUGCAUUACGGGGUUCUGGCGGAUGACUACACCACAGUCAAGUUGCUCCUGGAAGGAGGUGCCAACCCCCUGCAGAGAAACGAAAUGGGGCACACGCCCUUGGAUUACGCCCGCGAAGGAGAAGUCAUGAAACUCUUGAAAACGUCAGCCACAAAGUUCCAGGAGGAGAAGCGCAGGAGGGAGAUUGAGGAACGCCGGCGGUUCCCCCUGGAGCAGCGACUCCGAGAACACAUCAUUGGCCAGGAGAGCGCCAUCGCCACCGUCGGAGCAGCCAUCCGGAGAAAGGAAAAUGGAUGGUACGAUGAAGAACACCCGCUGGUCUUCCUCUUCCUGGGAUCUUCGGGAAUAGGUAAAACUGAGCUGGCGAAGCAAACGGCCAAGUACCUGCACAAAGACGUCAAAAAGCAGGGGUUUAUUCGCUUGGACAUGUCGGAGUUUCAAGAGAGACACGAGGUGGCCAAGUUCAUUGGUUCCCCCCCAGGCUACAUUGGUCAUGACGAAGGGGGGCAGCUCACAAAGAAGCUGAAGCAGUGCCCCAACGCCGUGGUCCUCUUUGAUGAGGUGGACAAAGCCCACCCAGAUGUCCUAACCAUCAUGCUGCAGCUCUUCGAUGAAGGCCGGCUGACCGAUGGGAAGGGGAAGACCAUUGACUGCAAGGACGCCAUCUUCAUCAUGACCUCCAACGUGGCCAGCGACGAGAUCGCCCAGCAUGCUUUGGAGCUGAGGGAAGACGCCGCGGAGCUGAGCCGGAAGAGGAUCGCCGAAAAGCUAGAUGACGUGCAGGUGACGGACAAGAUAACCAUCUCCAAGCAGUUCAAGGAGAACGUGAUCCGUCCCAUCCUCAAGGCUCACUUUCGGCGGGACGAGUUCCUGGGCAGGAUCAACGAGAUCGUCUACUUCCUCCCGUUUUGCCAGUCAGAGCUGAUCCAGCUGGUCAACAAGGAGCUGAGUUUCUGGGCCAAGCGGGCCAAAGCAAGGCACAACAUCACUCUGGUGUGGGACAGGGAGGUGAUGGACGUGCUGGCUGACGGCUACAACCUGCACUACGGCGCCCGCUCCAUCAAGCACGAGGUCGAGCGCCGGGUGGUGAACCAGCUCGCCGCGGCCUACGAACAGAACCUCCUGCCCCACGGCUGCACCUUGAGGAUCACGGUGGACGACUCCGACAAGCAGCUGCUCAAGGCCAGAGGCCAGGACAGGCCCCUGCCCGCCGAGGGCCAGCGGAAGUGCCCCACGCUGCGCCUGGAGAUCCUGGAGGACAGCAAAAGCCGGAAGCUGGACAUCCAGGCCCCGCUGAUGCCGGACGAAGCCUCCUACCCCUCCUAGGCGCCAGCCCCACGGUGCCCCCAGGGCAGCGCCUGGCAGAACGAGAGUUGGUAAUAAAGCGAUCGUAAGACAUAGAUACGUCUGCGGGGGGAGGGCAACUUUCUCUGGAGGGCAGCAGGAAGGGCGGCCCUCCGCCCCCCAGGGACUGCCUGGGUGCAUGGGAGUUGUAGUCCAAUGCAGCCGGAGGGGGUCUCAAAAGGAAGAAGAGUCCCAGAAAGAGGGGCGUCCGUCUAGGAUGGUCCCAUAGAGUCCGUGGGAAGAUUCAAUCCGGGGUCCUUAUCAUGUCUCAGGUAUGGGGGUGAUUCCUUGUCCCAUCAGCCAGGUUGAGUGCCUAAUCUCUGCCCCGGAUGCUCUUCUGCCUUGUAAAUUGGGCUGGGGGGGGUGGGGGGGCGGUGG